CUGCAUUUAUCUUAGGCAAUCAGACGUUCUAACCACGUGAGGCAGUCCCUAACUAGACGCACGGCGGGGAUUUGGAAAGGAUGAGCAAAUUAAGUUAGCAGCUAAACGUUAGUUGUCAUUCUCACUAACGUUAGGGAUUUGGAAACUCAUUCUUGGUUAUUACUUCAAGUGUGAAUGUAUAUCCUAUUUUUGUCUCGUGACGUUGAACCACACGCCACAGAUAAUGGUUAGCUAUGGCAAGUUGUAGUAACAUUGUUACAUGAUAACUAGAUGUAAGCUGUGUUCACUGAGAGUCUUAGUAAGACCAUAUGGCACUCUGUGCUAAUGUGCCAUAUGUUGAAUCAAGACGAGUGUUGAUUAGUGUGUGGUCUCGUCAAAAUGGGAUUAACUAGUGGUUGCCUGCUUAACUGUCUUAAUUAGCUGUUUCUUUGUUAAUAUGCCCGCCUAUUCAUAAGAGAUGGCCACUUUUGGAAUGUCACUUGACUUGGAUUAAACCUCGAAACGACUCAAGUAAUCUCUCGUCAGGUGACGCCUUUGGAAGUAAGCCAGGUCCAGAUAUCUCGAGUGGAGCGCACCGAUGGUCAGUCACACUGAGAGUAAGUUACAGUUAAAUCUGCUAUGCCAUGGAAGGUACCUAUUCAAGACCACACUCAGCAAUAUCCCAGGCGACCGAAGAAGGAGCUAGCCCCACAUGCAAUCAUGCCGAGGUACGAAAUUGUGUUUAAAGUCACACCUCAACGUUGAUCAAAUGCUCCAGGUGGUACCAAAGCGCUCAGAGAGCCCCAGCGUAACCGAGGAGACCGUCUUCAUCCCGCCGCCUGUGUCUUCGGUAGACGCAGGCACCAACACCGACCCACCAGACAAAUGCUGCGAAAGGCUGCAGAUGCUAUGGCCCCCCAGGGGCAUCAUCGCUGCCCUCAUAACCAAAGUGACCAUGGCGGGCGUUCUUUUUGGGGUGGUAUGGUCCAUCACGGUGAAGGAGUGCGAACCUGGGGGCAACCUGUUUGGCAUCGUGGUGCUCUUCAUUUGUGCGGUCAUUGCUGGCAGACUGACGGGACUCAUCCGCCUCCCUAAACUACCUCCCUUCCCUCCUCUGCUGGGCAUGCUGCUAGCAGGUAUCCUCCUCAGGAACAUCCCUGUGGUCACUGACGCCGUCAAAAUCGACAAAGACUGGUCGGCUGCACUAAGGACAAUCGCCCUCGCGGUCAUUCUGGCCAGAGCUGGGCUAGGCCUAGAUGGAUCAGCUCUGAAAAAGCUGAAGGGAGUGUGUAUGCGGGUGGGCAUCGGGCCCUGUCUGAUCGAGGCCGCUACUAUAGCUGUGGCCUCACACUUCAUCAUGGGUCUGCCCUGGGUCUGGGGCUUCAUACUGGGGUUUGUGUUGGCCGCGGUUUCCCCCGCGGUGGUAGUGCCCUCCAUGCUGUUGCUGCAGAAGGACGGCUACGGCGUGGAGCAGGGCAUACCCACCCUCCUCAUGGCUGCUGGCAGCUUCGAUGACAUCCUGGCCAUCACCGGCUUCACCACUUGCCUGGGCAUGGUGUCAGCUACAGGGGCCGCCUGGUUUAACCUGGUGCGGGGCGUAUUAGAGGUGUUGGGUGGUAUGGUGGUGGGAAUUCUCCUGGGCUUCUUCCUGCAGUACUUUCCCAGCAAAGACCAGAAACAAGUGGUGAUGAAGCGCUCCUUCUUGGUGCUGGGCCUGUCUGUGUUUGGUGUGUUUGGCAGUAACGUGGCCAACUUCCCUGGCUCGGGGGGCCUGUGUACACUAGUGCUGGCCUUCGUGGCAGGAGUGGGCUGGAAGGAGUCAAAGGUUCCUGUUGAGGAGAUAGUGGGAAGGGCUUGGGACAUCUUCCAGCCCCUGCUCUUUGGUCUCAUAGGAGCUGAGAUGACCUUCUCGGAACUAGAUGGCCACACUGUGGGUUUAGGUAUUGCUGCUCUUAUUAUUGCACUGGCUAUUCGUCUUCUCUUCACAUUUGUCAUGGUGAUGUGUGCCGGCUUCAAUUUCAAAGAGAAAAUAUUCAUUGCAAUAGCUUGGAUGCCCAAAGCUACAGUGCAGGCAGCUAUUGGGUCCACGGCACUGGACAUGGCUCGCAAAAAGCAGGAUGCAGAACUGGAGAAGUACGGCAUGGACGUGCUAACUGUGGCAGUACUCUCCAUCCUCAUCACGGCGCCCAUCGGAGCCAUCCUGAUCGGCCUCAUGGGACCAUACCUCCUCCAGAAGCCCAAGAACCCCUCAGCUUGGGGUCUGGGGGGUAGACAAUCAACAGACACCCCAGUCACCUAUGAGAGUGCCAUCUGAUGUGCGUAUCACUGCCACUGCACUGGACAACCAGGGAAGGGGGAGGUGUUUGGUAAUUGAAGAAGUGACCUAUAACACCAGAGGAAGAAGCAAGUGCACAUCUUGGAAAGCAAGUCCUCUUCAGGGGUUACCCGCCUGCUUUGAAUGGGGCUUUUGCUGACCUGCUGCUGGAGCGGGUGAAUCAUGUGUGUAUUUAUAGCUCUGUUAAUUACUGCUUACACUUUUCAUAAAGGGCUUAGGCACUGUCCUUCAUCCCAUGAAUCCACUGUAUACUCAUCUCUGCACCUGUCUACUAACACACACAAGACCAAAUCAAUAUUCUGUCAACAUAUGUCUGACUUUUGAAAAUCAAAUGUAAAGCUUUCGAGAUACACAGAGAGUGCAAUAUCAACACUAACAGAGUGGCAUGGUAUAUGAGCAUGGUACUUAAUACCAAAAAUGUGUUUUAUUAUUUUGUUUAAAGAUUAGGUUGUAGUGUCGAGUUAAAGUGACUUCUAAUGCAAUUAAGAUUAUAUGAAAAUAGCUGAAGCGAUUGGUGAAGUGAACAGUGGACACAUUACAUUUUAGAAGCCAGUAUUUAUAAAUAUAAAAAAAAAUAGGGAAAAUAGCCAUUUUGUCCAAUUAUGCUUUGUUUGCAACAUUUUAUGUUGAAUGGAAAGCAGAAUCUUGGUCAUGACGGAGUUUAAUUGCGGCCUUUAUGCAUUGUUGUUCAGGUAAUCAUUCUAUCAUGCAUUUUAAUAUGCAUGUUUCAUAUGUCAAUUGAGAUGUUUUUAUAUAUAUAUAUAUAUAUAUAUCUAUAUAUAUAUUUGCUCUUUUAUUGUCUUGGCAUUGAAUGUUCAUGGUUUUAUUUUACUCCUGUGGUGGUGAUAGAUUUUAAUUUAUUUUGUACCGUGAGGCUUGUCUGUCAUAAAGCUUUCAGUGUUUACAAAAACACUAUUCUACAGAAGUGUUAAAGAUUGUAAAUUUAUAGUACAAAAUAAAGUUACAUUUGAGAGAA